AUGGCUGCUGGCAGCCCAGCUCCAGAAGAUAUGGCGGCCUCGCCGCCGCUAUCAAACGCAGGGUCCCUCGCAAAGCCUACUGCACUGUCCAAUCGCCUCAACACCGUCCUGUCAACUUCGUACACUGACUCGGAUAUACGAGAUGCAUUGGAGACCCUCGACAAGAGAGGGCUGGAAAAUACGGCAGACACGCGGAGGACACUAAGACUGGAUAUCCAGAAAGAAGUCAUAGACUCCAAUGGCAGCAUUAUUCAGGAUUUCGGAAAGGUCGCAGAGCAACUCACGCGCAUCGGAGCGGUCAUAUCCCAACUGAAUACAAUAUGCGAGGAUAUGCGCCAACAUAUCACCCUUGCACGACAGGAAACUGGCCCAGUUCUCGACGAAGCGUCUGCUUUGAUUUCACAAAAACACGAAGUAGAGACUAAGCAACAGCUACUUGACGCCUUCAAUAAGCAUUUUGUGCUUUCCGACGAUGAUAUAUCUGUGUUGGUUUCGUCUGCUGAACCGGUCGACGAUACUUUCUUUCGAGUGCUCUCCCGCCAAAAGCAGAUACACAAAGAUUGCGAGGUGCUCCUUGGUGGUGAAAACCAGCGCCUGGGAUUAGAGAUCAUGGAACAAAGCUCAAAGAAUCUGAAUUCAGCAUUUAUGAAGCUAUAUAAAUGGAUACAGCAGGAAUUCAAAUCUCUGAAUCUCGAAGAUCCUCAAAUGAGCGGCUCGAUAAGAAGGGGGCUUCGAGUUCUAGCGGAGCGACCCAGCUUAUUCCACAGCUGCUUGGACUUCUUCGCUGAAGCCCGGGAGUAUAUUCUAUCGGAUUCCUUCCAUUAUGCCUUGACUGCAGAAAUCUCUGGCGAACGACCUGAUCCGAACGCCAAACCCAUAGAAUUUUCAGCCCACGAUCCCCUUCGUUACGUGGGGGAUAUGCUCGCUUGGGUGCACUCCGCGACUGUUUCUGAGAGAGAGGCUCUAGAAGCGCUGUUUAUUUCAGACGGAGGCGAACUUGCAAAAGGCAUCGAGGCAGGCAUAAUCAGUGAACCAUGGUCCCUCAUCAACGAGGAGCAAACUGUUUUCGACGGCCAAAAAGCGCUACAGGAGCUCGUGACGCGUGACAUGAGUGGAGUGGCUCGUUCGUUAAAGCAGAGGGCUGAACUUGUUGUCCAGGGCCAUGACGAGCUGGUGACUCUCUAUAAAAUUAUGAAUCUCUUAGCGUUCUAUCAGAUUACGUUUUCUAAGCUUAUUGGUGACGGCUCAGCUUUGGUGGAAACAGUCACGUCGCUGCAAUCCGUCGCUUUUAAACGGUUCGAAGCGUUGAUCCAUGAUCAAACCGCCACAAUUAUGGGGGAUCCAUCGGGUUUAAUUCCUCCGGAUGAUUUGAGCGCUCCAGAAUUCCUAACUGAUGCGCUCGACGACCUCGUUCCACUUAUGAAGGCAUACGAUUCGUCUGUUCAACAUGAACCCACGGACGAUACAUCACAGGAUGAAAAUAAAUUUAGCCCCAUUAUUCGAACCGCUUUGGACCCCUUCCUUGACCUCGCAAAAACAUCUUCUAACGCAAUCAGCAACCUCACUUCAAAAAUCAUAUACCAGACUAACUCGCUUCUGGCCGUUCAUGCUGCCAUUUCCCCGUUUCCAUUCGCUUGCGCCACGCAUAUGCCUCCACUAUCAGCUGCCCUGGCUUCGUUAAGAACCAACCUCCUUGACAUCCAGCAUGAUUUCCUCCUCAAAGAAUCCGGACUACAACCUCUAGUAACAGCACUUGAGCCGUUUACGCCAGGCAACACAGCCCAACCUUCAGCGGAAAAUACCACCCCAGACCAUCCUACACAGGCACGCCAUUUGGCCGAUAUCCCUUCGCUGCCGGAAUUUCAGCCGGCGUUCCUGUCCACUGUCAGCCAGCAGCUCGACGAUUUCCUCCCUUCGGCACUGGUGGAUGCCACGGAGAACUUGAAACGCAUCCACAACCGCGGAUUGGUAAAGAGUGUAACCGAGGAGGCCGUUGAAGAAUUCUGCCGCGAUUUUGAAUUUGUUGAAAGCAUGAUUGUGGGCGCGGAUGAGGCGAAGGAGAAGAUGAACGUUGCGGGAACGGUUGGCAGCUCGGCGGUUGGGAAGGAAAAGGAUGCAAAUGAUGCGCUGGGCGAUGAAAGUGGUGAACAGGCGGGUGUCUGGAGCUUGCGGGCGUUGUUCCCGCGAACGACGGGAGAGAUUAGAGUGCUCUUGAGCUGA